AAGGCAAACAAACAUGGAUCUUUAAAAGUUUAAUUUCUAGUCUAUAGUGAUCUGUGAUCUUUAAUGUUUUCGUUUUUUUGUAAAGUUUCAUGAAAUUAUUAUUAAAAGAAUGCUAGAUUAAGUAAUUUUCUCUUUUUUGCUUAUAAUAGCAUUCGCCCAACUCCUAACAAUAGUGAGAAUGGAGCCGAGCAUGUCAUUUUUUAGUUUACCAUUCGUUGAUUCUGAAAAUACAGAUCUUGUCUUUAAUAGAAGAGUCCUAGAAUGUGAUUAUGAGUUUCAAAACGACUUGCCCUCACACUCUGGUCUACUGGGCUCGGAUGAUGUCCUUGCCCAGUUUUUGACUGCCGACGGCCCUUUGGAAGAACCUGAUUUGAAUGGACCGACCACAUUGCACUGUGAGAUAUGCCGAAAGCGUUUUGACAAUGCUAAGAAGUACUAUGGACACUUACGAGUACAUUCGAAGGACAAUGUUUGGAUAUGUGACAAAUGCCCGGACCAGAAGUUUGCCAACAAGCAGCAGCUUAUGAAGCACUGCCUCACACACAAGCCUCUGGCGCGAGUGUGGAAGUGUCCACAGUGCUCUAUGGCCUUCGAGGCUCUGUGGCGGCUGCAGCAACACGUGUUCACUGUACACCUCGAUUAUAGACCAAACAAAUGUGACUUGUGUGAAAAGUCAUUUUACAGGCUGUCAGAUUUGAAGAAACACAAAGAUGUUCACAAAACAAUAAAAAGGUAUUCCUGCACAACAUGUGGAAGAGAGUUUACGGACAGAUCUAAUCUCAAACGGCACAUGCUGCUUCAUACUGAUAUAAAACCUUUUGCCUGUGCCGGCUGCCAAAGAAGAUACAAGCAGAUUGCCUCUCUAAAUCGCCAUCAACAAAACUGUAAUAAAUAUAUUAAUCAAAAUAAUAAUCAGGAUAAGUUUAGAAAAAACUACUGCAGAGUAUGUGGUGUUUCAUUUCAAUAUAAAAGUGCACUGAUAGAGCACUACGUACGACAACACACCACAACUACUGAGCCAAAUAAAGAGGACAAAACAAACGAGAGCAACAUUGACAUAAACAGAACAGAGGAUAACAUUGUUGAUGAUAUUUUGUCAGCGGAAGACGAUUACAUGACAAUGUCAACACAACAAGACAUGUUGUAUAGUCACACAAACACGAACACACACGCGCAAAACAUGCCCGACACCAACACAUACGACAGUUUGAUGCAAACCGAAUUCCUCAAAGAAAUGAAUCAGUUACACAUAUUGGACGAUGAGUUGCUGUAUAACGAUCUAGACUUUGACAGUCUCCAAAACAGUCAAAUAUUCAACAGCAUUCCAAACGAAACAGAUUAUGUUAACGAUAGGAAUGGAGAAAUCAUGUUUGAUUUUCAUGACGUUGGUGGCAGUGUGGAUCAAGACAUCAUGAAUGCGCUAUAUAAUGUUAAAGCAGAACAUUUGCCCGAUGAACUGUUGAAUGUAGAUCAAAUUAACACUCCAAAACAAAAUGAAGACAGACUGCAUACGCCGACAGUGUCUGUCAAUGAAUGUUCAACUAUAUUCGAAAGCGAUGUUGAUUUAGAAGAGAGCACCAAUUUAGCUGCUAAUUUAAAUCAAUUGAUAGAAGAGAAUAAUGUUCAGUAUAUUUCAACUGAGGAUGAUGAUAUGUUCAUAAUAAGUUUGAAGAGUGAAAUUGAUGCAGAAAAGCUGACUGACAUGCUAAAUAUUGAUGUUGAAGCUGCAAAUGAGAAAUCAGAUGAUGUGUCUGACACUGAUGAUAUAGUUGUCGAUGAAAGAAGUAGAAAACUUUUAGAUAAUAUUAAACCUUACAUUUUAAGAAAAUUUUUACAUUCCCAACAAAUUAAUAAUAUCGAAUUUGAUAAAGAGAACAGUUCCGACAGCACAGUACAGAGUAAUGCUGUACCUGAACCUGUAGAUAAUGUGAAAGCUGAAAUAUAUAAUCUCAAAAUUCAAAAAAUCGAAAUCUUAGUUGACAAAUCAGACAAAAAUAAAAUUGAAAAAUCAGACGACAAAAUGAAAAUGAAAAAAGGAAAGCAGACCACUUUUGUUUGUAAACAUUGUAAUAAAGUAUUUAAUAAAAGAGACAACUAUCAAUCUCAUUUGGCGACACACUCGGGGGCGCUGCGGCGGCACCGCUGUGACGUAUGUGGCGAGCGAUUCAGCUACCGCUCCACGCUCAACAAGCACCGCGCCGCGCGCCACGAGCCGGGCGUGCGCACCGCACACGCGUGCGCGCUCUGCGACCGCACCUUCGUCGCCGCAUGGAUGCUCAAAAACCACAAAGAACGCGACCACGAUCAACUGAAACCCUACGUUUGUGACGAGAAGGACUGCAGUAGGAAAUUUUAUAAGCAUAAUGAUCUAGUCAAACAUAAAAGAACGCAUACGGGCGAGAGGCCGUUUAAAUGCGACAUCUGCAGCAAGUCGUUUCCGCUCGUGUCUCACCUCAAGCGACACGAGCGCUCCGUCGACUGCACCAAACGUCGUGAAGAAUCAAUUAAAACGUAAGAAACAUGUAUCAACACUAUAUAUAUGUUAUUUAAAUUAUGUUAAAUAUAAAUAAAAAACUAAAAAAAAACAAA